CUCCUCCUCUUCCCAGGAGCUGCAGUUCCUCUCUCCUCUCAGUGCUCACUGACUAAAUUCCUGGUAUCAGAGAGAUAUUUGAAAAUUCACACUUUACACCUCUCCAAAAUGGUAGCCUUCCGGCCGCGACUGAGUCUGUUUUCCGCCCUUCGGACGGCGCCAGCACGCCGCCGCUUUGCGACUGAGGCGCGGUUAACGUCGGACCAGGUUCGCAUCGUCGAAGUCGGCCCACGAGACGGUCUUCAGAACGAGAAAAAGUCGAUUCCCCUCGAGACGAAGCUCCAGCUUAUUGAGAAACUAGCGAAGACGGGCGUAACCACAAUAGAGGCGGGAUCUUUUGUGCCUGCGAAAUGGGUGCCUCAGAUGGCAAGCACUGCGGAGAUUUGCGAGCACCUUCUCCAGACUCCGCCCCAGGCGCAGAACGUCAUUGCCUACAACUACCUCGUCCCGAAUGUGCGGGGUCUCGAGAACCUUAUUAAAAUCAUGGACGCCACAGGUGUUCCUGCAGAAGCAACCAAGUCGCCAUCAAAAUCCCCGACGACAACCGAAAUUUCACUGUUCGCAGCAGCGACGGAGGCUUUCUCCAAGGCCAAUACCAAUUGUACAAUUGAGGAGUCGCUAGACCGUAUCCGUCCCAUUGUGGACCUCGCGAAAACGAAGAAUAUUCGAGUGAGGGGGUACGUGUCAGUAGCCUUGGGUUGUCCAUAUGAAGGUCCGGAUGUGCCCCCGGCGAAGGUGGCUGAUAUCACUGCAACACUGCUCGAAAUGGGAGCCGACGAGGUGUCCGUGGCCGAUACCACGGGUAUGGGCACGGCACCGCGUACCAUGGCGCUACUGCAGGCACUCAAGGCGGCAGGCAUUGCGAACACGGAUCUAGCGCUGCACUUCCAUGACACGUACGGACAGGCCCUCGUCAACACCAUUGUGGGGUUGGAGCACGGUGUCCGCAUCUUUGAUAGCAGUGUUGGCGGUCUGGGUGGUUGUCCGUACUCAAAAGGCGCGACGGGAAAUGUCGCGACGGAGGAUCUUGUGCAUACCAUUCAUAGCCUCGGUAUGCACACGGGCAUCAAUCUGGAGGAGAUGUCCAAGAUUGGCUCGUGGAUCAGUGGGGAGCUGGGUCGGUUUAACGAAAGCCGGGCAGGCAAGGCCAUAUUGGCUCGGAUGGAGGGAGAACAGUAAAUUGCACCUGAGAUAAUAUAGCCGUUACAUAGCCACCAUAGCCACCAUAGCCACCAUAGCCACCCUCAUUUACUGA